UGGCUUGCCUUUGUACAGCUAUAGAGAAGCUAGUCACACUAGCCAUAGCGGUCACAAAGUGAGCUUUCUCCUGGAAUCUACUUUGGUACACUGCCAUGGUUGAUGUGGACGUGAAAAACUACGUCAACGAUCCGAAUAUCGAACUCCAAUGGGCUAUCCGGUCUUACGAACAUGCAGAAACUCACUUCCGAUUGCUGUGCUCAGUCUCGGACCUAGCCGGUUUGAGGCUGACCCGAAUGGAUGACCGGAUCUAUGAAGAGUUUUGCAAAGUCUUUCCAGAUUUGGACGUCAGCUUACUGUCAGAAGACCAACUCAAGUCCCCGGAAUCGAAAGCUCUAUGGCGUGACUUUUGCAACAAGUUUUCCGAAGAGCUGGAGGAUUAUAACCUUGCCACCUUAUUCCGCUUAGACGCAUCAAAAGCCUAUGAUGAACACAACACAUGUGUCGGUAGGUUAUUUCUGCUUAAUCUUCACUCCCUAUCAGUUCCUCGAAUCCAGUUCCUCGCAUUGGAAAUCGCACGAAAUCGACGUGGUGAUAACAAGCCGGAAGUCUUGCGCCAGUUACAAUAAAAGGAUGGAGUUUCACACCAACGAAUCUUUGUAUGCUAAUGAAAAAGAGUAUUUUGACUUUCAUGAUGUCUUUCUGCGAAUGAUGCGACUACCAUUGGAGUUUACUGUCGUCUAUUACCGCAUUUUGUUAUAAAGCCGGUGCUUGGCGUGAAA